AUGAUGAAGGAAAAAGGAAAAAAACAAAUUAAAAAGAAAAAAAAAAGAAACCCCUUUUUAAAGUUCGGAGAAGGUCAACAUUUCUACACGCUCAAAAUUAUGUUUCCCCUUUUUAGUAGGAACAUAAAAAAAAACUUCCUCUUCCAAACAAGUAAGAAAUGCAUAAACACGAAUGUAAGGCUACGAAAUCCAUAUUACAGAAAAAAGGGUUUUUGGGAAUGGAGGAGAAGAAUUAUCCAUAGGUACAACGAAAGGAGGUAUAUUAGGAAAGGAAUAAAGCCAAAGAUACCAAAGAAAGAUGAAGAAAAUAUAAAAAAUAGGAAGGACGAUGUAUACUGGACUUUUAAAGUAUAUCAGUUAAAAAUAAGUUUGCGCAAUUUGUAUAACUUUGGUAGACUCAUUAAGGGAUUACACCUUGAAGAUGCCAUCGUCUAUUUAGAAUCCAUUCCACAGAUAAGAGUAAAUAAUAUAUUAAACUCUUUGUUAAAUUCGAAAGAAAAAAUUGUGCACAAAUUUAAUGGAGAUGUAUCCCGUCUAUAUAUUGAUAAUGUACAGAUCCACUACAACACACCGAUGAAAUUUAUCAAGUACCAUGCGUUAGGGCACUUUGGGUUAGUGAAGAGUUACAGAAAUACUUUUACGUAUACUAUUAAACAAAUGAAUAUAGAAGAAUUUUACCAUAAGAUUUUUAUUCGUGGAAAUGUGCCGCGUACUUUGUCUCAUAAUAUGAGGUUAUAUUUUCAUCAGGAUAGAAUCAACAUGGAGAAUUUAAUUCAAUGGUACCCUUAUAUUUGUGCCAACUCUAGGUACUACUUCAGGGAAAAGUUACGUUACCUUAAUAAUACGUACCAGUUUGAUUACUUCAAAUCGAGGCGCGCUUGGAUAAAGAAUUAUUUUAGUAAUGUGGACCGGAGGACCAUGGAGUUGAAGAUGCAGAGGAACCUGCUCAGCGAUGGUCCUACCCCUCAGUAG